AUGGUUAUUGGUAAGGUGAGUAUGCACAGCGGUGGUGUACUCUGCUGGCAGUCCGUUCUGCUGCUGAUCCUGGGGGCAGUGUUAUCGGGACAUGCUUCAGGAUGCCCGGCUCGCUGUGACUGCUCGGCCCAGGAGAGGUCUGUGGUGUGUCACCGCAAGCGCUUCAUCACCGUUCCCGAAGGCAUUCCCACAGAAACCCGGCUGUUGGACCUCAGCAAGAACCGCAUCAAGACCAUCAACCAGGACGAGUUUGUGGCGUACCCGCUGCUCGAGGAGCUGGAACUGAAUGAAAACAUCAUCUCGACCGUGGAGCCUGGAGCAUUCAGUAACCUCCCAAACCUGAGGUCCCUGGGCUUGAGGAGUAAUCGCCUGAAGCUGAUUCCUCUGGGAGUGUUCACUGGGCUGAACAACCUGACCCAGCUGGACAUCAGUGAGAACAAGAUUGUCAUCCUGUUGGAUUAUAUGUUCCAGGAUUUGUAUAACCUCAGGUCCCUGGAGGUGGGGGACAAUGACCUGGUCUAUAUCUCCCACCGGGCAUUCAGUGGGCUGCACAGCUUGGAGCAGUUGUCCCUGGAGAAAUGUAACCUGACCACCAUCCCGACUGAAGCCCUGUCCCACCUACACAGCCUCAUUGUGCUCAGGCUCCGCUUCCUCAGCAUCAGUGUGAUACACAACUAUUCGUUCAAGCGGCUGUAUCGUCUGAAGGUGCUGGAGAUUUCUGACUGGGCUUCCCUGGACACCAUGACCCCGAACAGCCUGUACGGGUUGAACCUCACCUCGCUGACCGUCACCAGCUGUAACCUCAGCUCGGUGCCCUAUGUGGCCAUUCGGCACCUGGUCUACCUGAGGUUCCUCAAUCUGUCCUUCAAUCCCAUCACAGUGGUACAGGGCCACAUGAUGCAGGAGCUGCUCAGGCUCCGGGAACUGCAUUUAGCUAGCUCCCGGCUGCACACCGUGGAACCGUAUGCUUUCCGGGGUCUGGGCCAGCUGAGGCUCCUCAAUGUGUCCGCCAAUGAACUGGUCACUCUGGAGGAAACUGCUUUCCACUCGGUCGGGAACCUGGAGACCCUGAUCCUGGACAGGAACCCACUGGCCUGUGAUUGCCGCCUCCUCUGGAUAUUCCGGCGUCGCUGGCGCUUGAAUUUUAACCGGCAGCAGCCCGUGUGUGCCAGCCCGGAGAUGGUACACGGUAAGGAGUUUAAGGAUUUCCCGGACGUGCUAUUGCCCAGUUAUUUCAGCUGCCGGCGGGCACGGAUCCGGGAUAAGAAACCGCAGACGGUGUAUGUGGAUGAGGGUCACACGGUUCACUUCAGCUGCAGUGCAGACGGUGACCCAGCCCCGGCCAUUCUCUGGGUCUCUCCCAGGAAACAGCACAUCUCCAGGAAGACGAACGGCCGCCUCACUGUCUUCCCGGAUGGCACUUUGGAAGUGCGCUAUGCCCAGCUCCAGGAUAAUGGCAGCUACCAGUGUAUCGCCAUGAACGCAGGGGGCAAUGACAGUAGCACGGCGACCCUCCACGUUCGAGGCUACUCCCCAGACUGGGGUCAGCAAGGCAACAAAACGUUCGCUUUUAUCACCAACCAACCCAACGACAGCAAUGCGAACAGCACCCGCACCUCUGUGCCUUUCCCAUUUGAUAUCAAAACCCUCAUCAUAGCCACCACCAUGGGAUUCAUCUCCUUCCUGGGAGUGGUGCUGUUUUGUCUCGUCCUCCUGUUCCUCUGGAGCAGGGGCAAAGGAAACACCAAACACAACAUCGAGAUCGAGUACGUGCCUCGGAAAUCGGACGCGGGCAUCGGGACCACAGACGCCCCUCGCAAAUUCAACAUGAAAAUGAUUUAAGACUCUCCACGGCGAGAGAUUGCUGCCAUCUUUUUUAAACAGUCUGUGACAAACCCUCCUGAAAAAUAAUGCACUCUCUCCCAAGGGAAUGUCCAAACAGCGGGUUUGAUAUCAACUGGUUUUGAGACUCAUCCCAAACCCGUUUGAAAGGCGGACUCCGUUUUAGUUAGUUGGAAUGCACAAAGCGGAAUUGCAUAGAUUCAUCUUUUAUGCCAUUUUUUUCUAUGUGAAGGUGAUACCUACUGUCCCACUCUGAGGAAGCCACAGUGAACACCAUCCUCAGCCUGUUCCCAGUCAGCUCCUCACCAAGGUACCCGGGUCGGGAAUUUCCAACCGGAUUUUGAAUUACAGCCCAAUUAUGCCACCCUCAGUGUUAUCUAGGCACCCGGGUGCCUGAGGGACUAUUCCAGGUACCAGGCACUGUCCUCCCUUGGCAAUUGCAAAGUUUGAGAUGGUGACAAACACCAAUAAGCAGGCACAAAGUACAUGCCAAACAUUUGGGCUCUGUUCAUUUGUUCAAACAUUUACUGAGAAAGAACACAAAUGGAUUUAGAAGCCACUGAGUAGGAUGUUAAAUAUUCAACAAGGAAAACCAGGACACCUUCGCCAUGAGAGACAGGAGCAGAAAUCCCCAUCACAGUGAUAUCAUGACCCAGACACUUUACUCAAGCAACUGUACCCACCGAUUUACACACAGCCUGGACCCAUGUACACUCUCUCCCCAUCACUGACCCUCACAGCCCAUCCUCAUGUCUUAAUGAGCCUCCCUGACACAUUGUCCCUGAGUAUCUGAAAACACUGCACACAGCACAUGGCCCCAAGUGGAGGUAUCUCACGUUGUAAUUUUUGUCAAGUUGGUCCAUCAGUGCUGCUUACUGGUCCCAGUGGAAAAAAAAACACCAAUAUUACAACAAAUCAGAACUCUUACAUUCCCUGAACUCGAUCAAUCAAUCAGUGUGUGUGUCCUAAUCUGUGAUCAGUCCCCAAUUACCAACCUCACCACCACUGCCCUGAAUGUAGGAGCAGCUCCCCUGAACCUGACAAACUGCAUGUUCUAAUACACAGAAUGUGGGACUCCUCGUCUCUUACACUGAGGAAAGGGCCUGAGGAAAUGUUCACUAACUUCACUCGAGCUGUAAAUAUUUAAUUGCAGCAUUUUUAUCAGAACAUUAUGUGCACAAAACCCGGGGCGGGUGGGGAAAUAAUGAAUUAAAGUAAACCCCAGGUGUAUCUGAUGAGGAAGUGACUCUGUUGCAUUUGUGUAAGAAAAGUAUAAAUAUAUAUAUAUCUUGAAUUUUCUUUCCUUCACUGAACUUC